AUGUCUUCAACUCUCAAACUGAGCUAUACUAUCAUUAGAGAAGGCUACUACCAUGGACUUUUACCACGGGAAGACGCUGCCGCUCUAUUGACUCAGAAUGGAGAUUUUCUGAUUCGCAUAUCCGAACCGACGGACGGUGCCGAACAGAAUUUCAUUUUGAGCUGUAUGACUGAUGAUAAGUCGAAGUCGAAUGAUGAGAAUCCGGGGAUGCAAAAUUUUGUGGUUGGAUUCCAAAACGGACGCUACUUGGUUGCUGAGAAUCACAGUUUUCCAACUAUCGAAAAACUCGUCGAAUUUCAUAAAAAGAAUCGAAUUCAGAACAUUUUUCUGAAUCGCCCAAUCAUGAGACAAUCAUGGGAAUUGGAUCAUGAGACUGUUGUAAUUUUAAAGAAAUUGGGAGAAGGAGCAUUUGGAGAGGUUUCAAUGGGUGAAUACACUCCAAAGAUGGGAGGAAAACCGGUGAAAGUGGCUGUCAAACAGGCGAAACCCGAGAAAUUGACAAAAGUUCAAAUCAAGGAAUUCAUGAGAGAGGCGAGAAUUAUGAAGAACUUGUCGCAUGAGAACGUUGUCAAGUUUUAUGGCGUCGCUGCUGUCCAAGAGCCGCUCUACAUGGUAAUGGAGUUGGCAUCCAACGGUUCGCUCGACGGAUAUCUCAAAAAGAAUCCAGAUCUUCGUCCCGAAGUCUACAACGAGAUGAUUCUUCAAGCUGCAUGGGGGUUGGAGUACUGUCACGAGAAGAAUAUCAUCCAUCGAGAUAUGGCCGUUCGUAACUGUCUUUAUGGAGAUCGCCAGGUCAAAAUUUUGGAUUUCGGGUUGUCCCGUCAGGUACCCUCGUACGGAAUGGAUUAUUUCUGA